CGAAAGCCACACCGGUACUGACCGCCCUCGGGUGCUCAUCAUCAAUUUACCGGGACUCUCCGAAAACAUCACUUGGUUCAAUCCCAACAGCUGAAGCUCCGACCUCGACAACACCAUUGCGCAUCGAGUCAAUUGUGUAAGUAGUACCUGUCUGUGUUUUGUACCGUUCAUUGAUGCUGACGAGCAGCUCCCCAGGGUAUCGACGAUCAUGUCAGACACCUCUGUUCCCCCUCCCCCGAGCGCAGUCGCGCGCCCUGUCAGUGAGGCACUUCUCAACGAGAAGUGGGACCACUGCCUCUCCAACCUCCUCGUCAAGUCCACCCUCGGCCUCGGCUUCGGUGUUGUCUUCUCAGUCCUUCUUUUCAAGCGCAGAGCGUGGCCCGCCUUCGUUGGUGUCGGUUUCGGAGCUGGACGCGCAUAUGAGGAGUGCAACUCCAACCUGAAGCAGGCCGCCAGAGAGAUCAGGAAGCAGGCAUGAAAUGCUCAAAUGUCGAGCCGAUAGAUAACACGACCCGGAUCGGAACACCGCUGUACAAAUAUACUACAUCACACACACGUGAGGCUUGCUAGGGAGUCAAAGCCGGCGGUCCCCU